UUGCCUUCUUUUGGUCCAGGUGUCCUGCUUCUUGACCACGAUGGGGGCUUCUGGCUGGUCCACAGUGUACCCCAAUUCCCUCCACCUGAUGCAUACAGCUGGCCUCAAAGUGCCCAUACCUACGGGCAGACCCUGCUCUGUGUGUCUUUUCCCUUCAGCCAAUUCUCGAAGAUUGGCAAGCAACUGACCUACACCUACCCCAUGGUCUACAGCUACCAGCUGGAAGGGGUCUUUGCCCAGGAAUUCCCCGACUUGGAGAAUGUGAUCAAUGGCCACCACAUUGGCCAAGAACCGUGGAACAGCAGCAUCACACUCACAUCCCGGGCCGGGGCUGUUUUCCAGAGCUUUGCCAAGUUCUGCAAAUUUGGAGAUGACCUAUACUCUGGCUGGUUGGCAGCAGCCCUUGGUACCAACCUGCAGGUCCAGUUCUGGCAAAAGGGUACAGGCAUCCUGCCCUCCAACUGCUCAGGGACCUGGCAGGUUCUGAAUGUGAACCAGAUAGCCUUCCCUGGACCAGCCAGCCCAAGUUUCAGCAGCACAGAGGACCACUCCAAAUGGUGUGUGUCCCCACUUGGGCCCUGGACCUGUGUGGGUGACAUGAAUCGAAACCAGGGAGAGGAGCAGCGGGGUGGGGGCACACUGUGUGCCCAGCUGCCAGCCCUCUGGAAGGCCUUCCAGCCCCUGGUAAAGAAAUGGCAGCCCUGCAAUAGCUGGUAAGAUCUAAGCCUCAUGGCCAGUUGCAGUGACUCACGCAUGCAAUCACGGCACUUUGGAAUCCCAGCUCAGCCCCUUCCUGGCUAUAUGACCUUUGUGUGCCUUAACCGCUCUGUGACACAGUCUAUCUGUCUGCAAAAUGAGAAACGUAAUACCUGCCAUCAGGAUUGUUGAGGAGUAAAUAAACGGAGCCGGGUGCAGGGACUCAUGCCUGUAAUCCCAACACUUCGGGAGGCCAAGGUGGGCGGAUCGUCUUAGGUCAGAAGUUUGAGACCAGCCUGACCAACAUGGAGAAACCCCGUCUC